AUGUAUCUUAAGAGUGUGCGCUUCAUUUUUGGUCUGGUGGCAGCGCUGUACCUGUGCCAGGCCAGUGCCAAAAUGUCUCUAUUCUUUCCGGCCUCGUCGGUGUACCAGGUAACGGCGGCCUUAUCAGUGCCGAUCGUAAUACCGCAACGCAAAUUAUUUUGGGACUGGGGCUUGCAAAUGAACUACGCAAUGCCCAGCAAGCCAUCCAGUUUUUACGCGGCUGCCAUUUGGCCAGAUGAGUUUGCCCGGCGUGACAAACGUCAGCUGCGCAAUGAGACACAAAAAUAUAUGCCAGUGGAUCUGAAUAAUAUGCAUCCCAGCGAUCUUACCGCUGGGGAGCUCUAUAUGAGCAUCGAAAAUAUGCUUAUUCGCUAUGGCUUCGAUGAGACCUGCCUGCUGCGUAGUGUAUGCGAACUGGCUCGACAUCCGUUUCAUGAUGAGGAACAGAAUAUGCUGACGGCUCUCUUGACAUUUACUCUAACUCCUUCUCUGCAUGCGGCCUUUGCACCAGGCGAAACUAUUUACCGCGAAAUCUAUGAGCAUGCCGAGCAACAGGGCUUUAUGGGCGCAGAUUGUGCCCAACUUUAUAGACAGUGUCCGGUCGACUUCCUAAGUGCCAUAAGCAAACUUAUCCACUAA